CUAAGAAUUUUCUUCAAAAUACAAAUAGUUUUAGCGAUUUGUAAAUAAUUAAUAUAAUUAAAUAUCACAAAAUAAAACUGUUUAAAUGCUUAUAGGAAAACAAAAUCCACAAUAACCUUAAAAAAAAGAAAAUUAAGUAAAAAAUGACGAUAUAACUAAUUUUUAGCAUGCAUCUUAUUUCGCAGCAAGUUUUCUAUUUAUAAUGUCUAUAAUAUCCCUUAAUAGCUUCCAAAAUUCAAGAAAAUCGGUAUUGUUUGCUAUAGGAGGUAUGAUUACGGCAAUUAGUGCAACUUUUUAUCAAGAAUCUUGGAAUUUAGCAGAUUCAUUUAGAUGGUUAUCAUCUUUUUUAAUAGGAGGAUCUAUAGGAUUAUAUUUUGGUUUAAAUACUAAAAUAACAUAAUAUGGAUAAGCAGUAUGUUUUUUACAAUCUUUAAUAGGUUUAGCUUCAUUUUUAUUGGGAAUCGCCUAAUUUGAGAGACUUAAACAAUUCAAAGCAAAAUUCAAUAAACUAGAUUCUUUCUAAACAGUAUUUGUAUGUUUACUAGGCACAAUGAUAUUUUCAUCUGCCGUAACCUGUUAUUUUAAAUUAGAUAAGAAAAAUAUUGCUAAAGAACCAUUAAAUUUAAUCGGGAAAUACCGAAAUUCAGUAAAUUUUAUAGUUUUGAUAUGUAUAGGUGUUUUUGGGUUGCUUUAUGUAGUUUUUAGUAUGGGAUUUGCACUAUGGAUGAUUUUUAUUUUGGCUUUGUACAUUGGAUGGGGUUUAGUAGUUUCUGUUUAGUAAAGAUAGUUGAAUGUAAUUAUUCCCUUUUAGACUGUUUUGAUGGGAAUUACAUUAUCCUUUGUAGGUUUUGUAUUUAAUAGGGAUUAUUUGAUUAUCGUAGGAGCUUUGUGUAUUACAGGAGGCUAUAAAUUAACUUAAAGAGCUUCACAUGGGAUAAAUUGUGGGAUUUUCGAUGCCUAUUUUAAAAGCUGGAAUGACUAAAAUAUAGAAAUAAAGUCAAAUAUAAGUUCUGAUUUCGCUUAUAAUAAUUAGGAUAUAAAUUUUAUGGAUUUAUCUAAUGAAUUAAUGAGUGCUAGUAAUAUUGUUUUUGUACCUGGAAACGGCAUUUAUUAACAAUAAUGUACUAAAUAUAUAGCUGAUAUAGCACUAUAUUUACAAGAAGCAGGAAAAAAUAUACAAUUUUGCAUUCAUCCGUCUAGUGGAAAACUCCCAGGACAUAUGAAUGCUAUAUUAGCUGAAUAUGAUGUAGCUUUUGAAAUAAUUAAAGAACUAGAAGAAGUAGAUUUUUCAAAAUUUGAACUUUGUAUAAUAGUAGGGGCAUAUGAUGAGAUAAAUCCAGAUUUUUAUAAUUUUUAAAAAAUUCCAACUUGUUAAGUUUGGGAAAGUAAUAGAGUUGUGUAUAUUUAAACUAAAGUUGAAAAUAAUAAAAAUAAUGGAGUAUUUGAUUAUAAUAAUGUUUUUGUAUUAAAAGGAGAUAAUUAAAAAAACUUAGAAGCUGUUUAUAAUUAAUUACAAUUAAAAGGGGUUUAAAUUAUUAGAGAAAUAUGCUUGGAAAAUGAAAUUAUUAAUAAAAAUUAGGUUUAUUGUUAAAUUAAUGAAGAAGAAUUAUUUAGUUUAAAAAAUAAAUGCUAAAAGGUUUUGGGAGUUUUAAAUGAAUUUGAAAAUAAUAUCGAAAAUAGAGUUUCUAUUACUCCGGAAUUAAUAUAAUGUUUUAUUAAAAAUGGAAUAAAUGUAUGGAUAGAAAAAAACGCUGGAAAAUAAUGUGGAUAUACAGAUGAAAUGUAUUGUUAAUUUGGAGCUAAAAUAACUAAUUCUGAUGAUAUUUACUAAAAUGCUCAUAUAAUUGUACUUAUUAGUUAACUAAAAGAAAAUUAAAUAUAAAAACUUUAAUAAAAUCUUGAAAUCUUAAUAGCUCCUUUGGGUCAUGAUAAAUUAAAUCUAAUUAAUACAUUAGUAAAAUAUGAAAAUUUAACAGUUUUAGACAUUAAUGAAAUCCCUGAAGAUGACUUUCUUUACUAAAAGUUAAGUGUUAAACAAAAUAAUAGCUUAAUAUUGGCUCAUAGAGGUGUUUUAGAAGGAUUUUAUCAUUUAAAUAAGUCUAGUAGAGGAAUUAAUAAUAAAAUAGGGUAAACUCAAUAGGCUUAGUGUUUGGUUAUUGGAGCUGAUUCUUUAGGAUUGAAUGUUGGUAAAAUUAUUAAAUAAACAUUUGGAGCAAAUGUCAGUGUUUUUGAUCAAAGAGAUGGCUUAAAAGAAAGUAUCAAGAAAAUGGGAUUUUUACCAGUUGAUAUUGUAUAUGAAAAUUAAUUUUUAAAUCCUAUUAGUGCCUAAAAAAAUGCAUUAUAAAAAUGUCUUUAAAUUACUGAUUUAAUUAUUAUUACAAAAGAAAAAAAAGAAGAAGAAGGAAAUAUAUUAAAUGAAGAAAUGUGUAGUAAUUUAAAAAGAGGAGCUGUAAUAGUGGAUUUAGUGGUUGAAAAAGGAGGAAAUUGUAGUUUCACGUAAUUUAAUAAGGUUACUUAUGAUUAAAAUAUAGGAAUUACAGUUAUUGGAUACAACAUUAAUAUAUGUGCAUAAAGGAUAUGA